AUGCUAUCUGGAGAACGGAAGGAGGGCGGAAGCCCCCGCUUUGGAAAACUCCAUCUCCCCGUGGGCCUGUGGAUCAAUUCACCCCGAAAACAACUAGCCAAGUUGGGGCGGCGCUGGCCCAGUGCUGCCUCGGUCAAGUCGUCGUCGUCCGACACGGGGAGCCGCAGCAGCGAGCCGCUGCCCCCGCCGCCGCCGCACGUGGAGCUGCGGCGGGUGGGCGCGGUGAAGGCGGCCGGCGGCGCGUCGGGGAGCCGGGCCAAGCGCAUCUCGCAGCUGUUCCGGGGCUCGGGCACCGGGGCCGGCGGCGCGGGGGCCCCGGGCUCGCCGGGGGGCGCGCAGCGCUGGGCCAGCGAGAAGAAGCUGCCCGAGCUGGCGGCGGGCGUGGUGCCCGAGCCCGCGCUGGCCACCCGCGCCACGGCGCCGCCGGGCGUGCUCAAGAUCUUCGGCGCGGGGCUGGCGUCGGGCGCCAACUACAAGAGCGUGCUGGCCACGGCGCGCUCCACGGCGCGGGAGCUGGUGGCCGAGGCGCUGGAGCGCUACGGGCUGGCGGGCGGCCCCGGCGGCGGCGCGGGCGACAGCGGCUCCUGCGCGGACGGCUUCGCGCUGUGCGACGCGCUGGGCCGGCCGGCGGCGGGCGCGGGCGGCGGCGAGUGGCGGGCCGAGCACCUGCGCGUGCUGGGCGACCUGGAGCGGCCGCUGCUGGUGCAGGAGCUGUGGCGGGCGCGGCCCGGCUGGGCGCGGCGCUUCGAGCUGCGCGGCCGCGAGGAGGCGCGGCGCCUGGAGCAGGAAAUCUUCGGGGCGGCGGACGGCGACGGCACGGGCGGCCCCUCAUGGCGGCCACAGAAAAACCGCUCCCGGGCAGCGUCUGGGGGGGCUGCGCUGGCCAGUCCCAGCCAGGUUUCGGGAUCCGGGACCCCAUCGGGGUCCAGUGGCAAAGAGCGCUCGGAAAACCUGUCCCUGCGACGCAGCGUCUCGGAGCUCAGCUUGCAGGGCCGGAGGCGGCGGCAGCAGGAGCGCAGGCAGCAGGCUCUUAGCAUGGCUCCUGGGGCAGCCGACACCCAGAUUGUCCCUGUGGACCCCAACGACUUUGACCAGUUAACCCAGUGCCUCAUCCAAGCCCCCAACAACCGACCAUACUUCCUGCUGCUCCAGGGCUACCAGGAUGCUCAGGACUUCGUGGUGUAUGUGAUGACCCGGGAGCAGCACGUGUUCGGCCGUGGAGGCAACAACUCGGGCCGCAAUGGGUCCCCGGCCCCAUACGUGGACACCUUCCUCAGUGCCCCUGACAUCCUGCCCCGCCACUGCACCGUGCGAGCAGGGCCUGAGCCCCCCGCUAUGGUGCGCCCAUCUCGGGGUGCCCCGGUCACGCACAAUGGGUGCCUGCUGCUGCGGGAGGCCGAGCUGCACCCGGGCGAUGUCCUGGGGCUGGGGGAGCAUUUCCUCUUCAUGUACAAGGAUCCCCGCAAUGGGGGCUCGGGGUCAGCGAGGCCCCCCUGGUUGCCCUCCAGGCCGGGGGCCGCACCCCCAGGCCCUGGCUGGGCCUUCUCGUGCCGCCUGUGUGGCCGAGGCCUGCAGGAGCGUGGGGAGGCCCUGGCAGCCUACCUGGACGGCCGGGAGCCCGUCUUGCGCUUCCGACCCCGCGAAGAGGAGGCACUUUUGGGGGAGAUCGUGAGGGCUGCGGCUGCAGGAGCCGGGGAGCUGCCUCCCCUCGGGCCUGCCACUCUGCUGGCGCUGUGCGUGCAGCACUCGGCCCGGGAGCUGGAGCUGGGCCACCUGCCACGUCUGCUGGGCCGCCUGGCCCGUCUCAUCAAGGAAGCUGUUUGGGAAAAGAUUAAGGAAAUUGGAGACCGUCAGCCCGAGAACCACCCUGAGGGGGUCCCAGAAGUGCCCUUGACCCCCGAGGCCGUGUCUGUGGAGCUACGCCCACUUAUGCUGUGGAUGGCCAACACCACGGAGCUGCUGAGUUUCGUGCAAGAGAAGGUCCUAGAGAUGGAGAAGGAAGCCGACCAGGAGGGCUUGUCCUCAGACCCGCAGCUCUGCAACGACUUGGAAUUGUGUGAUGAGGCCAUGGCCCUCAUGGAUGAGGUUAUCAUGUGUACCUUCCAGCAGUCUGUCUACUACCUCACCAAGACUCUGUAUUCAACGCUGCCUGCUCUCCUGGACAGUAACCCAUUCACAGCCGGAGCUGAACUGCCAGGGCCUGGUGCCGAGCUGGGGGCCAUGCCCCCAGGGUUGAGACCCACCCUAGGCGUAUUCCAGGCUGCCCUGGAGCUGACCAGCCAGUGUGAGCUGCACCCCGACCUCGUGUCUCAGACAUUCGGCUACUUGUUCUUCUUCUCCAAUGCAUCCCUCCUCAACUCACUAAUGGAGCGGGGUCAAGGCCGGCCUUUCUAUCAGUGGUCCCGAGCUGUCCAGAUCCGAACCAACCUGGACCUGGUGCUGGAUUGGCUGCAGGGGGCAGGGCUGGGCGACAUUGCCAACGAGUUCUUUCGGAAACUCUCCGUGGCUGUGAACCUGCUGUGUGUGCCCCGCACCUCCCUGCUCAAGGCUACAUGGAGCAGUCUGCGAGCUGAUUAUCCAACGCUGACCCCAGCUCAGCUCCAUCAUAUGCUGAGCCACUACCAGCUGGGACCUGGCCGCGGGCCACCCCCUACCUGGGACCCUCCGCCUGCAGAGCGCGAUGCAGUGGACACAGGCGACAUCUUCGAGAGCUUCUCCUCCCACCCUCCCCUCAUCCUGCCCUUGGGCAGCUCGCGCCUGCGCCUAACGGGCCCGGUGACGGACGACACCUUGCACCGCGAACUGCGCAGGCUCCGCCGGCUGCUCUGGGAUCUUGAGCAGCAGGAACUUCCGGCCAAUCACCGCCACGGGCCUCCGGUGACCACGCCCCCUUAGGAAGAGCCAAUAGCAGACGAGCGCGCCAACCUUGAAAAAAGUCGCCGCGGGGAUUGCUGGGAUUUGUAGUUCUCUCCGGCGUGGACUCCUGGGAGUUGUAGUUUUCGCGUCGCCGAGGCUGGGACGGUGGUGGGCUGAGUGGGUUUGGGGUUUGAGCGGCGGGAGCAAUAAAAGUGUUUGUUUGUUUGA